GCUUGCACAGUUGCUUGAUCUUAUCAGUUCAAAGGUCGCUGUGAGCCUCACCCAACACAACCAGAUUGUAUCAGAUUGUGGUGACUUUCACUCACUUGAGUCGUAGCCAGGCAGCUUCACGCCACGCACCGCCCUUCUCACCACAAUGUCAUCACCAAAUCAAUCACCAAAUACGAAUUUUGCAAUCGACGUGAGCAAGGUUCUGACGGAUGAACAGGUGCAGCGCGCGCUGCGAGCAGACCAAGGCAGUAAGGCCCGCCUCUCCUCAUGGGCCGUGGUGGACUUCACAGAGAAAGGCGAUAAUUACGCCACUAUGGUCACCUCCCUGAGUGUUGUUUACGUAUUGGAGGGCGAGGAGAACACUACGUCCUAUGUUGUGAAGAUCAAUCCCAAGAUGGGUUUUAUAGAUUCAUUGAAUGGGCUCACGCGAAUAUUUUUCGACAAAGAGACUGAGUUUUACUGUAAAAUCCUUCCGGCCAUGAACGAUGAGUUACGACGCCUGGAUCUGACUCCACUGAACUUCCCCAAGUGCCACUACUCAGACCUGGAGAGUGACAACGAAGUGAUCUUCAUGGAGGACCUCAGGGACAAAGGCUUCCAGAUGUACGACCGCAAGAAAGGGCUGGACUCGAUCCAUACGACCCUCAUCGUGAAGGCGCUUGCCCGCCUGCAUGCCGCGUCGCUGUUGCUGCAGGCACGGACACCCGACACGGACCUAGUGGAUAGGUUCCCUUUUCUGAGGAAGGACUGGCAUAACACAUCAGAAGACGACGACGUAGAUAUUCUUGGUAAGAUGUGCAAACCUGGCCUCGAUAUGGCGGAGGCCGUUCUACAGCGAUACAAGAGCCAUGGCGGAGGGGAUCCCUGGGUGGCGGAGGUGAAGGACAGGGUCACUGAAUUCUUUAUCAGCGUGAUCAAAAGAGAGGCUCCCUUCGAGGUGAUCUGCCACGGGGACUGCUGGAACAACAACGUGCUCUUCAGGUACAACGACGCCGGACAGCCGGUGGAGGUGAUGCUUGUGGACUUGCAGCUUGCGCGAGUCUCCUCCCCAGUCAGUGACCUCGCUUACCUCUUCCUCACGAGUCUGGACGGCCCCGUGAGAAAGGACCACACAGGCGCCUUCCUCAACGCUUACCACGAUGCCUUAGUGUCAGUGCUUGGAGCCGCGGGGAGGCCGGCCCCCUUCACACUGCCGCAGCUCCGUCAGGAAUACGAGCGAAAGCAAGACUACGGGCUACUUUUUGCCUGCAUGUCAGUAAUAGCUAUUCUCAGCAGCAGCGAAGAACUUCCAGACUUGGGGAGCCUUAAACAGGAAGAUAUCCCACUACUGCAGCAGAACUACAAGAAAAUGAACUUGGAAAAAAUGGAUCGCGACCUAGCCAUGCGUUCUCGAUAUCUCUCCUUGUUUGAUCGCUUUAAAGACGAAUAGUAUGUAAGUAGCCGUCAUUGUAAGCGUGCUUUGUGUUGCUGAAAAGGCACCAUUUAUUACGUAAGUCAAUACCUCUUAUUAACACAUGGAAGUUUCUCCACAAUAUUGUAUGGUGAUUCUAGGGAUUUGAUUCACUUAACGAAAGAAAAACGUUUAAAUGUGUAAUUUUAUGGAAAGUUACGGUUCUUUCAUAAAAAAAAGCGUAGUAAUGAUAUACUCACGUAAAUAAAGUUUUCACACUCGGCAUGCUACUUGCAUCCCUGGACUCCUGAAGCUGUGAAGUUAUAGUUUGUGCUGCACGCCAAAGCCCGCAUAUUGCUGUGAAGCCUUCAGAGAUUCAGGAUGCUCUCCACUGAAUUAAUGUUGUUUAUAAUAAGGUGGAGAUCAGAACUGCCAGAUGUGCGAUAAUUAGUAUUUCUAUGGCCAAGGCCACUAACUCAGUCAGCAGUUGCCUGAUUCACCAGACAUAAUAAUAUUUCACAGACAAAUUGGACAACUGGAUCUCUAUUUUCUAUGUACUACAUUAUAAGAACAUAAGAACAUAGGGAAACUGCAAGAGGCCGGGUGGCCUACACAGGGCAGCUCCAGAAUCCCCCCCACUACUCACGGUGGGUGAGGUGUAUUUACAGGGGUUACAGGAAGAGGCUUGAUCCUCGUGCUAGGCACGCAUCCAAUACCCCGUCACCUUACUGCACACACACCUCACUGCCACCUGUCGUCCUCGUCCAUGUAGCUAUCCAGUCUACUCUUAAAACAAGCUAUCGUCCCUGCACUAACAAUGUGAUUGCUGAGUCUGUUCCAUUGUUAUCACUAUGCGAUAAGAUAGAAUAAUUACAACACUUUUACACAUUACUCCAUGCUAUAAAGACUUUAAUAAUGGAAAUAAGUGUAUAUAGAUGUUUCAUGAACUUCGUACCGUCUGUUUUCCUGGGACAAAUUAUUAUUUUAUGUAUUGAUGGAUUAAACUCAAUGUUUUAUUUUUAUUUUUAUAUAUUUUAAUUAAAGGAAAUGCAUUUACACAGAA